AUGGACGACCGCUACAAUGCUUCGACAGCGAGGUCUGGGACCAGACCAUCGUCCGGAGAUGGAAUCGGGCUCCUAAGUAGAGUUUCUCCCAAUACGAGGGCAACUGCCACUACUGCCGCAGAGCCGGCAACAUUUUACAGAGGGCGACAUUCGAGAGGGAAUUCUUGGGAGGAGCGAUUAGGAUCGAUUGAUGAGAGCGGUGGCUCUUAUGAAAUGAUCGAGCCGCCGACGCCGACAAAAGCUCGGCGGCUAAGCUCAGGCCCAUCCAAUGCCUCGUCAAUGCUAAGACGAUUGACGACCAGAUAUGCGCCUGUCGGACGGCCUCAUUUUCGUUCUACAAAAAGAUCAAAAGGACAACAGUAUGCGACACUUGACGACGAGGACGAUAUCGCCGCUGGCACGGUGGAUAUCACGUCUCUCGAAGGCUUGGGUUGGGAACUCAAUGAUAUGUCUCAUUUAGAUGUAUCACGCCCCGGAGAAGACACGGCAUACACUUCUCCUACAAGCACAGGACGGAAACCCGACUUUCGCAGCUUCGUGGAGAAGCGUCGAUCCGUGGGAGAAGGGAUGAGAGACAUAGGCGUGCAGUUGAGACGCGACCCGACUAAAGUUGUGAGGCGAUCAACAGGAGGUUCUGGCGACGGUGUAAGCAGUGGCGUCGAUCGAGCUAAGACCGUGCGACAGUUGGGUCAGGACCUCGCACAAAAGAAAAAUAUGAUCGUCGAAAUAGAGGAGGCGGUCGACUUGAGCUCACUGGAAGGCGGUCAGCCAGACAACCGAGCGAGUCGAGCGUUUGACACGACAUCGGACCGGCAAAGCAUCAUGCCACAUAAAACGAAGAGCUACUUUUUCCCUGAAGAUCCAGAUAUUCCGAACUGGAAGCCCUUCUCCAUGAGCAGCAUUUACAUUCUGUUUCUGUUGACCCUUGCAGUUGCCUUGGCCGGCAUUCAGGAAUAUCUGUGCCAAAAAUCCCAGAGGCGCGCAAAGGAGAACAGCGGGCUCCUUGCUUUCAAUCAUGUGGCUGAGAUCUCAACAUGGGAUUUCUUCGCCUGGAAGUACUUGCCAACCAUGGUCUGCAUCGUCUAUGCUGUUCUGUUCUCGAUCAUGGAUUUCGACAUACGCCGACUGGAACCUUUUUAUCAGUUGUCACGACCCGGCGGAGCGCUGGCUUCGGCCAGUCUUAAUUUAGAUCAUCUCACCAUGUUUCAAUACUUUGUACCUUUCAAGGCCUUCCGCCUGAAGCAAUACGCCGUCUUAUUUUCGACCACCGGAAACAUCGUCGCAUCCAUGGUCGGCCCCUCGCUCCAGAAUCCUUCCCUCAAUAUGCAGACCAAUCCGAAUCCCGAAUGCAAUUCCGGAGGAUGCGGUGAUUCAGACGAAAAGCACUACUGGCUCCAAGUUGAACCAGUAUGGUCGCGCCUUCUAUCGGCAAGCUACCUGAUCGUGGCUCUCGUUCUUGUGGUCUUGUUCUUCCAGCUCCGGCGGAAGUCUGGGCUGCUAAGUGAUCCGAAAGGAAUUGCCGGAAUUGCGUCCAUGGCUACCAAAUCGCAUAUCUUGCAAGACUUCUCUGGAUUAGACAUGGCCACACGAGGCAAGAUCCACAAACGACUUCAGCACAGACGAUAUGUGCUCUAUAAAUCAUCCAUCUGGCAAGGUGAAUUGAGUUCGACCAGUGACCCUGUGCUGGACAGUGAAAAGAAGCUGACUAGUCCGCACCCCAUCAUGCUUCGGCUGGAGUUUGGUAUUCCUUUCCUCAUCUUCAUGGUCAUCUGCAUGGUGGCAGUGCUCGUUAUUACGUUGACGCCAGCCCGAGUGGUCCCGAACGCUGUACCGUGGUUGCCGAUUGUCGUUGCAACCGCCUUGAAAUUGAUUUUCAGCACGUUCGAAGCCGAUGUAAGGCUCAUCGAACCGUUCUAUCAGCUUUCCAAGGGAAAUGCCAGGCCUGAGAACAGCCUAACACUCGAUUACCAAGCAACAGUGUAUGGUUGGAUCACGUGCAAAGCUCUCUGGAACCAUCAUUAUCUCGUGGCAUUGGUAGGGUUCUCGUCGCUUCUCCUAGACGUUCUCACCGUCACUGUGAGUUCGUUUUCCGUCAAUUCGGAGGUUUUUUUGAAACUGAAAGACAAGGACGACUCCAGUGGCGACGAAACAUUCGCCUCGUUCUGGGCUUCGCUUAUCCUUUCGGUGACGAUCCUUGUCAUUGUCAUCUGCACGACAUCAAUAGUGUUCUGGAGACGACGCCAUCCGUUCUUACCACGAGAGCCGUCCACCAUUGCGGCUAUUUUGGCAUUCAUAUACUCGAGCAACAUGCUCACCGAUUUCAUCGAUACCGAGACUUUGAACAAUAAACAAAUGGAGCAACGAUUGAUGGGACUGGGCAAACGCUAUGGUCUGGGCUGGUUUCGUGGUCGAGAUGGUCAAAUCCAUUGCGCGAUUGACGAGGAACCGAUGAGAAGCCGAUACGUCCAUGGAAAACCAUAUACGAUGGCACAAGCAGGCCCACUGCAGCCUCACGAAACAUUUUAUUCUGUAUAGAUGUGGUUAAUGUCCAAGGGAUGUCGAUGGGAUUUGG